AUGCCGCGCAUAAUCGAAGAAGUAUCCGAGGACGAGUUUGACGACGAUACGGACCUGCCCCUCCCGUCCCGACCGCUGCCAGAUAAUAAUGGCAAGGGUCCGCUGUUGAUGGAGAUCGGCGAGGCGGACGACUAUAUUCCCGUCCAAAACGCCCAGUCAACCGCACCCGUCCGCGGCGCCUCCUCCUCGUCCACGCCUUCCAAUCAACAGCCGUCACAGGCUGACAUGGACGAGAUGCUUCGCCGCAUGGCCGCCCAGCACAUGGCCGGCUCGUCGACGCCGAACAUCGCGACGGAUAUUACGCCCUACAAGUCCUGGACUUGCGUCUACCCGAUUUACCUUGACGCAAAAGUGCCGUAUGGGACCGGCACGCGCCGUGUGAGGCGUGCGAGUGCGGUAUGGCACCCACUGGCGAAGGAUGUGGCGGACGCGGCGCAGAGGUUAGGCUUGCCGACGUUGCUGGAGAUUGAUAAGAGGCAUCCGAGGGACUGGGCAAAUCCGGGCCGUGUCAGGGUGCAGCUCAAGCGCGAUGGAGUUCUGGUAAACCGCAACAUCACAAAUAAAAAACACCUACUCGAAGCAUUGGGCGAACAGAUGCAGCGCACCAAGACCGAGAAUGUUCCGCGCGAGCCGUACAUCUACCCGCCCCCACCAGUCCACCCAACGCCCGCACGCAAACACAAGGCCAUCGCAGCCAAGGGCAAGUCCGCUGCGCACAAGCCCUCCAACGCAGUAGACAAGGGUACGCACGAGGCCAAGCGCACUUAUCGACCGCUACCUGUCCCACCCGAGCCUCAACCCAGCUUAUCUGCGCGAUUACCGGUCAAUAGUCCGCUUAUACCAACUGGAGCGCUGUUGGAUGCCGUCAAAGCUGGGAUCACCGCUCAACAGGAACAGGCGCAACAGGCGCAGCAAGCGGGUGCAGGCAAGCAGAAGAGGAAGGUUGUCCGGAUGAGAGGGUAG